AUGAAUUCGACAACUAGCAGUAAAAGCAAUUUGCUCCUGAAAGUUAUUAUCACACUAUUUGUAAAUCAAACGCUUACUUCAGCAUUAAUAAGAAAUCCUAAAAGUUUUCAAAGUUGUAAGGCAGGUUGCAGUCCACAUCUAACUCUUCCUUGCAAUUUCGGGAGUUUUGAUAGAUGCAUUAUGGAGUCCUGCCGUGCUGCGUGUUGGAAGGACAACCAUCGUAAAGUGCGCUCUUGCUUUUGCCGUGGAUCACUUGACGGUGGUACCCUACGUGCGUGCUUCUGUGGUUUUCCUGACCAAGAAAAUAUCAGUACACCUACAGAUACGUUGCAUUUCAUUCACUAA